AUGUCGCUGGCUUUCUCAAACCAACCCCCAGCUGAGCGGGUCCCAUACGCUAUCCCUCAACUCGAGGGAGAACGUAUCACUAUUCCGGGCAGCAAGGGUGUCUUUCGCAUUUUGACCUCCUCAAAACAGACCAAUGGGUUGAUGGCUGUUUUUACGAGCGGUGCGGUUCUCUCUGAUGCCCCCGGCUUUCACUACCAUAACGAUGCCCAUGAUGUCUUCUUGGUGACCAAGGGAUUCCUGAAGCUAUACAAUGGAGACAAGUGCCGAAUCAUGGGACCAGGUGAUUUUGCCUAUAUCCCACCGAAAAUUAUUCACAUGCCCGACAUGAUCGGCCCACAUACCGAACUCCAAGGUCUUAUCACACCCGGUGACUGGGUCGACUUCUUCCGCCACAUAUCUGAGCCCUACGAAGGAAUCCUAGUUCCAGAAACCGAUGACCGGGACUUGAAAUCAUUGCUCAUCCCAAAAGUAAUGGCCGCGAAGGGCAAGUUCGACGUUGUCUUCCAGCCUCACUACCAACCCCCAGAGCUGGGAGAGUGGACCAAAGACGAUGAAAAGCUCCCCGAUGGACCAGAGGGAUACUUCCUCCGUGCCAAUACCGGCCCACGCUGGAUGCUAGGCGGUGUUAUGUCUCGACCAUUUGUCACCACGAAGCAGAGCAGUGGCCUUUGCGCAAUUUCCAGCAUUGAGUCGUCGAAGGAUUACGGAGAGACUGUGUUAUCGAAAUAUAUGACUUUUGCCAAGGUUGAUCAUUGUUUUUGUGUUAUGGAGGGCACUCUUAGGGUUCGAUUGGAGGGAUCUGGGGAAUCGGAGUUUCGAGAGGGCGAGACCGUGGUCAUUCCCGCUGGACAGGCCUUUGCGUUGGACUUUGCGAGCAAGUAUGUUAAGGUUCACUCAUUUAGCGAUGGUGAUGGUAUUGAGUCCCUUAUCCAUGAGCUUGGUACGCCUGUUGAAGGGGUGGUCUUACCGGAGCAAGCUCCAGAAUGGGAUGAAUCGCGCCUGUCCUCUGUGACGGAGCGACUGAAUGUGACAUUUUAA